GUUCAACGAAACUUAGCUUGCUUGGCUGACUGAUACCUCUACCUAUCAUCAUUCAUUCGCCAAUCUUGACUCGCCUUUUGUUUGGCAACUCCAUUCUCUUAGAGAGCAGACCGAUUAUCUCAACAUGGCCGCGACUUUCACCACCCCGAACCGCCCUCUCACGUGGCUCAUCACGGGCUGCUCAUCGGGUUUGGGUCUUUCCCUCGCACGGCUCGUUCAAUCUAAGGGCCACAACCUGAUCGCAACCUCGCGCAACCCGGCCCGCACGCCGGACCUGGUCGCCGAGGUCGAGAAGGCGGGCGGCAAAUGGCUGGCCCUGGAUGUCGACGAUAAGGACUCUGCCAAGGUUAUCGAGAAUCUCGAGGCCGGCGGCCAGGAGAUCGACGUCCUGGUCAAUAACGCCGGCUACUCUCUCCACGCGCCGGCCGAGUCCUUCACUGAGGAAGAAAUCCGGGCGCAGACGGAGACCGUGUACUUUGGCCCCUACCGGCUGAUCCGCGCCGUGCUGCCGCACAUGCGCAAGCGGCGGUCCGGUGUCAUUGUCAACAUGAGCAGCGGUGCGGCUCUCGAGGGCCGGGAGAGCAUGGGCAUCUACGCUGCAGCCAAGGCGGCAUUGGACGGCUUGUCCAGGGUCAUGGCCAAGGAGGUGGCCCCCUUCAACAUCCGGGUCCUGACUGUCCAGCUUGGCACAUUUAACACCAACAUGGGCAACGCGACCAUUCUGGGCAAGAACCCACUGCCGGAGGACUACAAGGGCUCGAUUGCGGACCAGAUGAUGCAGUUCAUGGCCAGCGGUAAGUUCCAGGGCAACGGCGACAAGGACAAGGCCGUGAAAGCUGUCUACGAGGUGGUCGUCGGAGAGGGUGUUGGGGCCGGUCGCGAAGCCGAGCGGCUUCUACCCUUGGGCAGAGACCUGGCUGCCCGGAUCAAGACGGUCCAGGACUAUUAUGCUCACGCCAUCGAGGUCUUUGGCGACAUUUGCAACAACGUCUACAGGGAUGCUAACUGAGUGAGAGUUGUCUUGGUUAAUAUAGUCAUGAGGUGAAGUAACAGAGGAGAGAUCACUUCCGAACCGAAGUUCGUCUCAAAA